AUGGUGGGCUCUCCUGGCGCCAUUCUGCUCUGGCCAGUUUCAUCUGGCGCUCCUUGCCCCUUCUUCUUUUUGUCGAGACUUGAGACUCUAGAACUAGAACUAGACCGUACGACCGUUGAUGCGACACAAGAGAGAGAUUAUUCCAGGCAGGCUGCCGGAGGGCCAGUGUACUCUAAUGUGGGCCGCGUCAUGCGAGUUGGUGGCUUGAUCGACGAGAGGUUGAGUUCAUGCCAAUUGUCCAUUUUGGGCUUCACAGAGCCACCUGGCUGGGUUAGCUGUGCUAGUUUAGGUAACGUGCCUACCUACUCCGUACAUACUACUCCUACAGUACCUGGUAGCUGGGUUUACCACGUAGACACAGCCUCUAAUUCUUCACCUGAAACCAAAACAGACAUUGCCGGAAUCCGAGUACUGGAUAGGAGGGCAAGACCCGACCCGAUGGAACUUAACCCUUCCUUUGAUGAGUCGUUUGCUGAACGCCUGAGCGGCGACAUUGAGCUGUAUAUGGGGAUACGGAUGGGGAUGGGGAUUUGAUGUCAACAAGCUUGAAAAUUGAUGAAUACUGUCU